ACCUUUUAUAUUUUGCAGGAAUACUCAACUGCUAUUGAUUUAUGGUCAGUGGGCUGUAUCUUCGCUGAAUUCCUAACUCAGAAACCUUUGUUUCCAGGGAAAUCUGAAAUUGAUCAGAUUAACAAAAUUUUUAAGGAGCUAGGCACACCAAGUGAGAAGAUCUGGCCUGGUUACAAUGAACUUCCUGCAGUGAAGAAAAUGACCUUUACUGAAUAUCCGUUCAACAACCUGCGGAAACGGUUUGGGGCCCUUUUAUCUGAUCAAGGCUUUGACCUCAUGAACAAAUUCUUGACUUAUUGUCCUGCUAAAAGAAUUACAGCUGAAGAAGCAUUAAAACACGAGUAUUUCAGGGAGACCCCACUCCCUAUAGAAUCGGCCAUGUUCCCAACCUGGCCUGCAAAGAGUGAGCAGCAACGAGUUAAACGUGGCACUAGUCCUCGGCCCCCUGAGGGUGGGCUUGGUUAUAGUCAACUGGGUGAUGAUGAUUUGAAAGACACAGGCUUCCACCUGACAACCACAAACCAGGGAGCCUCUGCAGCUGGACCAGGUUUCAGCCUCAAGUUCUAAUGCACUGACUUUUUAUUUGAAGAUCAGGGUGAAAGACAAUUCAGUAGCUCAAAGAUGCCUUUCAAGUUUGGUAUCUUAAACUCUGUCUAGUAGAAGUUGUGCUGUAUCUCUUGUACAGCAUCGUGUGUCAGCAAGUUCCAUCUUUCAGUUUUUUAAAACUUUUAAAUAUCCAUUUGUAAAAUAAUUCAAUCAAGUCAAUUGCAAUGUGGAGAAUAAUUGUUCAACUUGACUGGUUAAAGUGGAAUAUUUUGUGUACAUGUAGAAUUUUGGUAAGUUUAAAAAUAAACUCGAGUAAAAGUUCA